AUAUACUUUCCUUUUUUCAAAUCAUUCCUUGUACUAAUUUUUUAUUUUUAUUUUUUAAAGUUCUCUCAAAUUAUUCUAUUGAUAAACUUUUGAAGUUCCAACAAAGUACAAGUGUACAACUACUCAAUUUCCAUUUCAAUGUUAGUAAUUGUUCAACCUUUUAGAAAAGAAAAAAUUAAUCUUAUUCAAGCACUAAUUAAAAAAAAAAAAACCAAAGUGGUCAAUCCAAACGUGCUCAUAACAUUUCAAUUGACUGCCAUACAUUAUCCAUCUCUUCUAUUUCAAUCAAAAAUUCAUUGCGUGAAGUUUUCUUCUUCUCCCUCUUUUUUUUUUCUUAUAUUAACAAACACGAAAUCCCAUUCAAGUUUGGCCCCAAUUAUAUUUUAUUUACACCUCUUCUUGUUGAUUUUUGAUUCUUUUCCUUCUUUUUUCUUUUUGGAUUAAGGAGGAUAUAUCGAAAUUAUUCUUGUUUUGUUGUUCAAUUUUUGUAUCUGCACUGCAGAAAAGAUUUAUCUUAAAGUUUCUCAUGCUUUUUUAAUCCAUUUCAGAUUUUUCCUAAAGGAUCCAAAAAGCGUAAGCUGGUCUGCAUAUAGUUGGUAAAGUUUCCAUUUUUUUGACCUCUGGGAACUUCAGAAUUCGAACAUGACGAUUGGAAGCAUUAAACUAGUAAAAGAGAAGAAAUCAAGAAAGAGCAAACAACCAGUAGUUGAUGACCAUUCACCAUUAUUGCCUAAGCAAGAUGGCGGAUUCGAUGAGUUCAAUGGGGCUUCGUUUAGUGGGGCUGUAUUUAAUUUGUCGACCACAAUUGUCGGUGCUGGAAUCAUGGCCCUACCUGCAACUAUGAAGGUGUUGGGACUCAUUCCCGGGAUUAUUAUGAUCAUCUUGAUGGCGUUCCUCACAGAAGCUUCAAUUGAGUUGUUAAUCAGGUUUAGUAGGACUUCAAAAUCAGUUUCUUAUGGAGGCCUUAUGGGUGAUGCUUUUGGGAAAUAUGGGAAGAUGUUGCUUCAAAUAUGUAUACUAAUUAAUAAUAUUGGUGUUCUUGUUGUAUACAUGAUUAUCAUAGGUGACGUUCUUUCCGGAACAACUUCAAGUGGAACCCACCAUGCUGGUGUCCUGGAAGGGUGGUUUGGUGCUCACUGGUGGAAUGGACGAUUCUUUGUUCUUCUUGUGACCACCCUUGGCGUAUUUGCACCAUUAGCUUGCUUAAAGCGUAUAGAUUCAUUGAGAUAUACAUCUGCAUUAUCAGUAGCCCUGGCUGUUGUAUUUCUGGUUGUAACUGUGGGAAUCACCAUAUUCAAACUGAUAAAUGGAUCCAUUCUUAUGCCCAGACUGCUUCCCGAUUUUUAUGAUGUGGCGUCAUUCCUCAAGCUCUUCACUGUUGUUCCUGUACUGGUCACUGCAUAUAUCUGUCACUAUAAUGUUCACUCCAUAGAAAAUGAACUUGAAGACAGCAGGCAGAUCAGAGCAGUGGUGCAGAGCGCGCUAGCUCUUUGCUCGAGUGUGUUUGUGUUGACAAGCAUUUUUGGAUUUCUCCUAUUUGGCGAUGCAACUCUUGAUGAUGUUCUUGCCAACUUCGAUGCUGAUCUUGGAAUUCCAUUUGGCUCCUUGCUUAAUGAUGUCGUGCGUGUCAGCUAUGCUGCCCACCUGAUGCUCGUCUUUCCCAUUGUUUUCUACCCACUGCGGCUUAACUUGGAUGGCCUUGUCUUUCCUUCUGCAAGGCCUCUAACACUGGAUAAUUUGAGGUUUGCAUUAAUCAGUGGUGGACUCAUUGCCAUCAUCUUUUUGGGGGCAAAUUUCAUCCCAAGCAUCUGGGAUGCUUUCCAAUUCACAGGAGCAACUGCUGCUGUUUGCAUAGGGUUCAUAUUUCCUGCUGCUGUUACUCUGAGGGAUCGGUAUGGCAUAGCAACUAAGAGGGACAAGAUCUUGUGUACUUUUAUGAUUGUCCUUGCUGUCUUUUCAAACAUGGUGGCCAUAUAUAGCGAUGCCUACGCUUUGAUUAAAAAGAAUUCAUCACCUCGUGAGUGAUUCGUCGUGUACCUAUGCGGCAGGAGGAAGUGGAAGUAUCAGUCGUACUCAUGGUAAAGUUAGGGUGAAGGCAGGAUGAUACGGGUUCAGAAAAUGGUGUUUCUCGUUGAAGUUGCUGGAGUCGUGUUCUAUUAAGUUUAUAAAUACUUUUAAUCAUCAAAAUUUGAGUAGCUUUGCUCAUGUAUCAAGACAUGGCUACAGUUGAGUCUUGUACAGUGUCCCGUGGAGUUUUGUCUUACAUAGUAGACGACGGUGUAUAAACUGCAAGUUCAGCUUGGAUUGGCUUCAGUUCUUUGUAUGUUGAUUUUGAGUAUGCAUUUCCGAUGGUUGGGUUUGAAUUUUUUCACAUGUUGGUCUUUUUUAUCCUUAUGAAUCUCCAGGUCCAGGCGUCCGUUUUAGUUGGCUGGUAUUUGGAAUUCAAUCUAUUUGUAUUGUUUCAUUUUUUUUUUUGCUGUCUGUAUUUGUCAUAGGAGAUUCUGUGGUUAAAGGAGUGAGUGAAACUCUGUAAAAUUCUCCUAUUUCUUAUAUUAAUUUCUGCUGCAUUUUUCUUUA